AUGCCAUCCCUUCGCUCCAACGCCUCUCUAUUGGGCCUUCUGCUGCUCCUGAAUGCUUUCUGGUCUAUCUCUCUCGUGGAAGCCAGUCCAGUUGCACUGCAGCGUGACGCCAACCAGUAUCUCUCGCUUACAGCCGCGUUCCAGACUGAUCACGCAGUUGAUAUUGCAUCGGUCAAUGCUCAGUUCACACCAAAUGAGCACCCAGUCGGGAGAGUCAACCCAGCCGGUGACGCCUUGAACACAAUUCACGCUAUGACCAAGGCGAAGAGGGACGGUACAGACAGCUCUGGCACCGACGACGACAAUGUCAUCAAGCCGUCUGUCAGCUACUCCUUACUCGGCAAGGUGUCUACAAUCAUCGAUCAUCUGCGGCACUGA